ACCCCACGGGAGCCCAUGGGGAGCCCCAGGUUGGCAGCUCCACUCCUGCUUCUCCUCCUGCUGUUCAUUGGGCUCUCUGCCUCCGCCAGGAUUGGCUGCCCCUACCUGCCCCGCUGGAGCACCCACUGUCUGCUGGCCUCUCACAUGGAAGACACUCUCACUGGUGAGUCUGCCGGUAUUCCUUGCCAUACCCAGCUGGCCCUUGCUGUGUCCACAAGGCCUCUGUGUGCUCAGCUCUGGCUCUGCCACUAUUUGUGCUUGCAUCUGGUGUCAGAUCCUCCAGGCCUCCAUGGGGGCUGUUUCUACCUCCUGGUGCAGAAAUACAAAAAGUCAUGUAAGUUCCGGUUCUGUAGGAGACACAAGAUGCCAGCAUCUGCUCAGAGGAAGCUGCUGAGUGGCUGUUGCCUGUCUGGGAAGGGUCAUCACAUCGCUGUCCCCUCCCCAGACAUCUCUCACAAGGGGUUGCGCACUAAAAGGACCCAACCUUCAGACCUGAAGGCAUUGGAAGGUCUCCCCAGACCCAGCUCACAAAGGCAUGAAGGGCCUGAGUUCUCCUUUGAUUUGCUGCCCGAGGCACGGGCUAUUCAAGUGACCAUUCCUCCGGGACCUGAGGUCAGUGUGCGUCUUUGUCACCAGUGGGUACUAGAAUGUGAGGAGCUGAGCAGUCCCUUCGACACGCAGAAAAUUGUGUCUGGAGGCCACACUGUAGACCUGCCUUAUGAAUUCUUUCUGCCCUGUCUGUGCAUAGAGGUAUCCUACCUGCAAGAGGACACGGUGAGGCGCAAAAAAUGUCCCUUCCAGAACUGGCCUGAAGCCUAUGGUUCGGACUUCUGGAAGUCAGUGCACUUUACCGACUACAGCCAGCACAGUCAGAUGGUCAUGGCCCUGACCCUCCGCUGCCCACUGAAGCUGGAGGCCUCCCUCUGCCAGAAGUGGGGCUGGAAUACCCUCUGUGAAGACCUCCCCAAUGCCACGGCUCGAGAGUCAGAGGGGUGGUAUGUCUUGGAGGGAAUAGACCUACAUCCCCAGCUUUGCUUCAAGUUCUCAUUUGGAAAUAGCAGCCAUGUUGAAUGCCCCCACCGGACGGGUGAGCUGAUAACCCCAUCCUGGAAUGUGAGCAUGGAUACCCAGGCCCAGCAGCUGGUCCUUCACUUCUCCUCAAGGAUACACGCCACCUUCAGUGCUGCCUGGAGCCACCCAAGCUUGGGGCAGGACAGCUUGGUGCCCCCUGUGUACAGCAUCAGCCAGACUCAGGGCUCAAGCCCAGUGACACUAGAGCUCAUCAUUCCCUUCCUGAAGCCAGGGAGCUGUGUCCUGGUGUGGAGGUCAGAUGUUCAGUUUUCCUGGAAGCACCUCUUGUGUCCAGAUGUCUCUCAUAGACACCUGGGGCUCUUGAUACUGGCACUGCUGGCCCUCACCACCCUAUUGGGCAUUGUUCUGGUCUUCACCCGCCGGCGUCCACUGUCAGGCCCUGGCCGAGCACGGCCGGUGUUGCUCCUGCACGUGGCCGACUCGGAGGCACAGCGACGCCUGGUGGGAGCGCUGGCUGAACUGCUGCGGGCAUCGCUGGGCGGCGGGCGCGACGUGAUCGUGGACCUGUGGGAGGGGACGCGCGUGGCGCGCGUGGGCCCGCUGCCAUGGCUGUGGGCUGCACGGGCGCGCGUUGCGCAGGAGCGGGGCACCGUGCUGCUUCUGUGGAGCAGUGCGGGCCCCAGUCCAGCCCAAGGCCGGGAUCCCCACUCCGCACCCCUGCGCGCCCUGCUCCGCGCCGCCCCGCGCCCGCUGCUGCUGCUUGCUUACUUCAGUCGCCUCUGUGCCAAGGGUGACAUUCCCCCGCCCCUGCGCGACCUGCCACGCUACCGCCUCCUGCGCGACCUGCCACGCCUGCUGCGGGCUCUAGACGCUCAGCCUUCCACCGAAGCCGCCAACGGAGGCUCCCUCGGGAAUCGGCGGUGCCUGCGGGGUCGCCUGGAGCUGUGCCAUCGGCUGGAACUCGAGGCCGCCAAAUUUUGCCCACCGAGGCUGAGCAGAGACAGGCGUAGGGGUACUGGCUGGAACCCCUGAAUGAGCCUCCCACCCUAAAAUCCUUGGGGUGCUUCCUCAGGACUACUGGCCAAAAAUUCUUACUGC